AUGUCUUUCUCAUCGAGCAUCCAUACAUACUCGGGUCCAUUGCUUAGCGAUGACGACAGUGAUGACGAGUUCAUGGCUAUCAUGAAAGAUGGUAUCGAGCUCAAUGAGGACGAACCGUCCCAGAAAUUAACUCGGGAACCGGUUUAUAGAGAUCGGUAUGGGACUGCUGACCGACUUAUGAUAGAUUAUUUCAUUGAAGACUCAACGUUUGCGCCACACCAUUUUAGGCGGCGUUUUCGAAUGAGAAAGAACUUGUUCAUGCGCAUCAUUCGCGAUAUACAAAGCUACUCUUUGUCUCCAAAACCAAUCCAUUUUACCCGUAUGGAAGACUUGCGUGUCGAUGCAAGAAAAAUGGUUGGUUUUAGUACCAUCCAUAAAUGUGUAUUUGCCAUACGACAACUGGCGUAUGGCAAAUCUCCGGACUCACUUGAUGAAUAUUUGCAUAUGGGGGAGGAAACAGCUAGAAUAUGUCUAGAAGAUUUUUGUAAAUGUGUUUUUGAGCUUUAUGCAGCCGAGUAUUUGCGAAGACCCGCGCUUGAUGAUAUACAACGUUUGCUAAGCAAACACGAAGAACUUCAUGGGUUUCCGGGGAUGUUAGGAAGCAUCGAUUGUAUGCAUUGGCCAUGGAAAAAUUGUCCAAAAUCAUGGCAAGGGCAAUACACUCGUGGUGAUAAAGGAUGUCCAACCAUCAUGCUUGAAGCGGUUGUGUCUUAUGAUUUAUGGAUAUGGCAUGCAAAUUUUGGCGCUGCAGGAUCUAACAACGACAUAAACGUCCUGAAUCAGUCAAAUUCGUUUAGGGAAAUAAAUGAGGAUACGACUCCCGAUAUUUCAUUUACCGUUAACGGGACCGAGUAUAAGAAGGCAUACUACCUUGCUGACGGCAUUUCUCCAGAGUGGUCUAUGUUUGUGAAGUCGUUCUCAUGCCCGCAAGACGAGAAAAGGAAGAAGUUUAAGAAGUACCAAGAAAGUGCUCGAAAAGAUGUUGAGCGGGCAUUCGGAGUUCUUCAAGGUCUGAUGUGCAAAAUCGAGCUUUAA